GCCGUUGCUUUGACUUUAGUCACGACACAAGCGAGACGGAGAUGCUAUGUAAAGGCGAAAAUAGCCGCUAGACCACAUGCUCGCCUCGGUACGUGAGCGAUUAAAUUGUUGCUUUGACCCCUUGGCAGCGAUCGGGAUGGAGAGGAACUGACUCUGCCCAGUCGAUUUCCUCAUCGCUCUGCGCAGAUUCAGGCCAGCCACUCACUUGCCUCGACUCACAAGCACCAUGCUCUAUCCGAUCCAGCGGGCGGGGAUUCACAGGGUUUUUUCAGUGGGCAUUGUGGGCGGGCUUUAGUGGGUGCUGCUGCAGACAACCGUUUGAUUGCUCAAUAACCAGCCCGACAAGAUGAUGAUGAUCUGGCCGACCAUGUGGCAAGCCCAUGUUCGUCCGGUGCUGGCAUCACCAUUGCAUCUUCCCUCGACAUACAAAUAAAACGUCUUGAAGCAGCGUGGCAUCGGGGAGCGUCGCCCUCCACUUUUCGCCUUGCUCGCAUAUCCCCGCACGCAUGGUCCAGCCCUUAGACCAAAGUACCCCAGAUCAGCAGCCCAGCGUCUGUGUGUUUGAGUCGCCUGCCGACAUCGACUCGCUCGCAUGGCUGCUGCACUUUGCCGGCUGGCACAAGACAUGCCUGCCACUUUUUGCCCAAGUAUUGUUUCUGCUGCUUCACCUUGAUGAAAAAUCGGCCCGAUGCCAAAACAGCCAGGGCUUGCUUUCUUGAUGCUGCUGCUGCUUCCCCCAAGAGGCGCCCGUCUCGGCCGGGGGUGGAAAUGGGCUGAAGGGGACGAGAUGGGGUCAGGCAAAACGCUCCUCUUUUCAGUCCCAGCGCUACCACACACACACCUGCGCUAGCAGCCUUUAGUGCGACUCAAUCGCGGGCUCGCGAUUCGUAUAAUAAGCCGAGACCAUCCUCGUCCCUUUCCGAUCUGUGUCUUUGUUCCUCAGCAGGAGGUGUACAUGUUUUGCAAUUCUGUAACAUAUCUUUUUCCUUUUCUUUUCAUCGAGGCUUAUAAAGCCCGUCUCGCUGGACUGAAUUGAGCCAGAAUUUUUCUCUGCCAGGCUCUUGUCGCAACUCCGCAUCGGAGAGCUGGGGCACAACCGUUUUGCCACGUCAAGAUCGCCGCCACUACGAUGGACGUCAAGAACGAAAAUAUGGAGUCGCAUGUCACUGGCAUCGAAGAUAUCAAUGCGAAAAGGGAAAUCCGCCAGGACAACGAGCGUGAGCACAACACGACAGUCCGAGAUGUGUUCAAGAACCACCCCGCGCUCGUUUUUUGGGUGGUCGUGUGGGCGUUGGCAGGCUGUGGAUGGGGCUUUGAUGCGCAGGUCAACGGCGGCAUGAUUGGUGUUCCCUGGUUCCGUCGUGAUUUUGGAUACGAGUUCACCAACGACCAAGGUGAGGAAGACUGGGUCAUACCUGCGGAUUGGCUGGCCGCGUUCAAUACCAUCAGCAGUGUUGGCCAAUUCUUUGGCGGCUUCAUGUGUUCCGUCAUUUCAGACCGCAUCGGCCGCAAGGGCGGUCUUUUUGUUGGUCUGCUCCUCGCCACUGGCGGUGUGUUUGGCGAAGUCUUCUCGACAACUAGACCGGCUUUCCUCAUCUCCAAGCUCAUCCUUGGUCUUGGUCUUGGGUUCUAUCUUACACUUGCUCCGCUUGUGACCUCGGAAAUCUCACCAGUUGUAUUCCGUGGUAUCGCGACUGCUACAGUCCAGUUUGGAUUGAGUUGCGGACAGCUUCUUUCCAAUGCUGUCAUCAAGGGAUUUGGAGAAUGGGAGAACAGCUGGGCCUACAAAGCCCCGUUUGCCAUCCAACUCUUCUUCAGUGUCUUCCUCUUUGUCAUGAUCCCAUUUGCCCCAGAGUCGCCUUGGUAUCUAGCCCGUGUUGGAAAGCGAGACUCGGCUAAGAAGUCCCUGCGCCGCCUCUAUGGAUCAAAGGUUGACUUGGACGCCAUGCUCUCGGCUCUGGAGGCCACUAUUGCUGAGGAAGAGGCAAUGCGAUCUAAACAGGGAUCAUGGAUCCAGUGCUUCAAGGGAACCAACCUCGUCCGCACUAUCAUCAGCAUGGGUGUCUUCUGUUGUCAGCACUUUGUGGGUAUCAUCUUCGUUCUUGGAUUCUCCAGUUACUUCUUCAAGCUUGCCGGACUACCCCAAGGCAGCGCUUUCGACAUGGGCAUUGGCGUCACAGCCUGUGGUGUUCUCGGAAACAUCACUAGUUGGUUUACCGUCAAUCGUUUUGGUCGUCGAUCCUUGUUUGUCACAGGCAUCUUCACCUUGACUGUUAUUCUCUUCAUCAUUGGCAUCUUGGAUGUUGUUCCCACAUCUGGUGCUAAAUGGGUCCAGUCUAGUUUGACCGUCUUCUACGGCUUUGUCUAUUCCUGCUCCCUUGGUCCUAUGGCAUUUGUCCUGUUGGGAGAAACUAGCAGCACCACCCUGCGAGCCCCAACUGUUGCUCUUGCCACUGCUACCCAAGCCGUCAUGGGCACUGCAUUCAACUUUGCCAUCCCCUACAUGGUCAACCCCGAUGCAGCGCACCUCAAUGGCAAAGUUGGGUUCGUCUUUGGAGGCCUGGGUCUCAUUGCUUCUAUUUGGGCUUGGUUCUUCAUCCCAGAACUCAAGGGUCGCUCCUUCGAUGAGAUUGAUACCAUGUUCCAGAAUAAGGUUCCCCCACGCCAGAUGGGCUCUUAUCAAAUUACUUCUUACUAGGCGACGGUGUAGUGCGGUGGACUUGUCUUUUUUGAAAGCGAAAUUAGCUUUUUUUUGAUAGCGUGUUUUCUUUUUAAAGUGUUAUAUAUAUCCUGGAAUCUAUUUACAAUUUGACAAAUAACUUAUCUUUUCUCAUGCCAACCAUCGUAAUCUAAUGUGCAAGCCUCUAUAUUGCUGGGAAACGUCAAGGGUAUUCUACAAAACAUAAUCAUAAAAAAAAGCUCAAAACCAAAGCAGAGGCGAACUAAACAAGAAAAGAACCCUACAACGUUGGCAUAGUUGCCGCUUGUGAUUUUGCGAGGGCAUUCUGGAGUUGCCCGAUGCGAAGCGUCAAUGGUACCAAUGUAGGUAGAGCAUCGAAGAAGUCAGGGCUGACCGGUACACCACUCUCGAUGUACAUGUCGCCGUUGCCGUAUGUGGCUUCAUAUGCCAUUGUCUGAGGCAUACCGUCAAAGUGGAUGUCACGUUGAUGUGUACUAGACGACCCAUCUGUCGGACUAGGGUUGGACGAUGCACUCUGUGGGGAUAAUGUCACACCAAGAGCGAUCAAUUCCGUCAUGACGAGGUCAACACAGGUUGCGAUGACU